AUGCAAAAAUUUGGUAUAGUGUUAGGCCGGGAAAAUUUUUUUUUUUUUUUCGCAAUAGGCUUAGGCCGAAAAAAGAAGAAACAAAAAAAUUUAAUAGGGUUAGGCCGAUUUUAUAUAUAUUUUCUUAAUAAUUUUUUUCGGCCUAACUCGCUAAAACAAAAAAAAAAAAUUAUUUUUCUCAGCCUAAAUCUAUUGCAACAAAAAAAAAAAAAAUUUUCCGGCCCUAAAACACUAUACCAAAUUUUUGCAUCAGGCCUAUCUCUAUUUUUUUUCUGUGAUCCGGCCUAA